UGAGCCAUCUGCAAGCCCAGCGCUUGGCUUAUGUUUUGUGAUAUGCACACACAACUAAGUUUGAUAAGGAAAAGACGCCGCCCCGCAUUCAUUUCGGAUACACAUUAAACACAUUUUGGCUCCAGCGGAUGCUUUUCCUUGUGGUUUCACUAUUUUUUUUGACUAGUUUUCCAUCCGAAAGCCACGGGAUAUGUCGAGGGGGGGAGGCGUUUCUUCUUCUGCCCCAAGACUCCCCAAGUUGGGACGGUAUUGACGCGCGAUGACAUAAAGCAGCAACAUACUUGUGGACAUCACUGAAGUUGUCAAGAGGAGGAAUACUUCUUUGCAUUCCUCCACUGAACUGAACCCUAUCAAGCCGUUUGCUUCCCCUAUCCAACACAAUACAGUGGGCUGGCCUGCUGUUCAAAUUUCUUUUACCCUGUGUGACAACAGCCACCGUCACCAUGCAGACCUCAUCACUGCGCCGCCAGAUGAAAAACAUGGUCAAUAACUACACGGAGGCCGAGAUCAAAGUCCGAGAGGCCACCUCUAAUGACCCCUGGGGUCCGCCCAGCUCGCUCAUGUCCGAGAUCGCUGAUCUGACCUUCAACGUCGUGGCCUUCACCGAGGUUAUGGGUAUGAUUUGGAAGCGGCUUAAUGACCACGGUAAGAACUGGCGCCAUGUUUAUAAAGCACUCACCCUGCUGGACUACCUGAUCAAAACGGGCUCUGAACGUGUGGCCCAGCAGUGCCGGGAGAACAUCUACACCAUCCAGACCCUGAGGGACUUCCAGUACACAGAUCGGGAUGGUCGUGACCAAGGUGUCAAUGUGCGGGAGAAAGCCAAGCAGUUGGUGGCUCUGAUUAGGGACGAGGAGAGGUUGAAGCAGGAGAGGACCCAAGCACUGAAGACCAAGGAGCGCAUGGCAGGUGGCGCCGCUGGCUUAGGUUCUGGAUCCCUACCACCUCCAUAUCCGGGACGCCGCACCAGUCAGCCCAGCAUGGCAGUCCUCUAUGGGGAUGAGUUCAGCAGGUCCAGAGGGUCACCAUCCUCCUUCCACUCCUCCUCUUCCUCCCCUCGCCUUGCUCCAGACCUGGAGCAGGCUCGACCCCAGACCAGUGGAGAAGAGGAGCUGCAGCUGCAGCUGGCCCUGGCCAUGAGCCGAGAAGAAAGUGAAAAGCCGCCUCCCACGGUGGAUAUUGAUGAACAGACCCAGCUCCAGAUCGCUAUGAGUCUCAGCAAGGAGGAGGCCCAGAAGCCAGUCCAACGUCCGCCUCCUGCAAUGGAUAUGGAUGAAGAAACCCAGUUGCAGUUAGCCUUGAGCCUCAGCAAGGAGGAGCACCAGCAGGAGCAACGCAGUCGCCAGGGAGACGAGUCCUUGCUCCAGAAAGCUCUUGAGGAGAGCAAGCGAGAAAUGGAGACUAAAGGCGGGACUGCCUUCAUGGACCUGGUAGAUGUUUUUGCAGUCCCCAUAGAGGAGCCACCUAGUGACAGCCGCUGGGGUGACGUCCCGCCCCAGGCUGCUGCUCGCCUGGCCAGCACAGACCCCUGGGACUCACUGGAAGGCAGCUCCACAACACCGAGAGUAGACUCUCCCUGGAUGGCACCGCCAACCUCCAGUCGCCCUGCCCCUUCCUGGGAGCGAAGACAGUCCCCAGCCGACCCUUGGGACGCCCCGCAAAACAAUGUCCCCAACCUCAGCUCCACAGGACAAGCAUGGUCCUCCUCCUCCGCUACCACAGCUGCCACAGGGAUAGAUCCCUUCUCUGCCCCGGCCGAAAGAAAAGCACCCUUGGGGGCUGUCAAGGCAUCGUCUCCCCGAUCUGGGAGCCCUUCAGAUGGGGAUUUGUUUGAUGAGGCCAUGGAUGGAGGUCAGAUGAACGUGAAUGGGCGAGGCGAGGGCAGUCCUGAGCUCUUUGACCUGUCCCGUCUGGGGGAAAGCCUGGCUGCCCCCAGCCCUCGUACCUGUCGGACCCCUGAGGCCUUCCUGGGGCCCUCAGCGGCCUCUUUGGUUAACUUGGACAGCUUGAUUCCCGCAAACCCCCCAGCUAAGAACAAGAACCCCUUUUUAUCAGGUCUCAGUACUCCUUCACCCAACAAUCCAUUCCAAACUGAGCAGCCCAAACUAACUCUGAAUCAGAUGUCCUCCAGCUCCAGCUCUCCGGCUCCCCCUGCCACCUCUCUUCCAUACAGUGCCUCCUUACCCUUGCCUAUGAGCCACCAGCCUGCCAGCCUUCCCUCCUCCUUUACUCAUCCCACCCAGACUAGCGUGGAGAUGCCAGGAAACCUCCCUCAGCCCUUGCUGCCUCUCUCUUCUGUCAGUACUCUGGGAUCACAGGCAGAACAGCACAGUCAGAACCCUUUCUUAUGAGAACCAGCUGACCUGUAGAGAAACAACACAACAGUAGAAAAAGUGGGAUGCUAUUAGGUUAUGCUUUUGAGAUGUCACUCUAACCUCAGACUGAACUUGAGUCCCACAACUCAAAUGAAAUCCCUAUUCUUAGAUGUUUUUAUAUUGUGGUUAUAAUAACUGUAACCCUUAGAUUGAUGCAAGCUGGCUCUGCUCCUCACUGUAACACUGUUCCUCCUCUGUGAUAAAGACAGUAACAGAGGAUAAAAGUGAUAAUGCGUUUAUAUCAAACAAAAUUAGUGUCAUGUAAAACAUCCUCCAGGCUAUAUCCUAAUGCUAAUUGACUUCACAUACAAACCUACGCAAAAGCACAGUUGGAUGAUAUUUUGAUGCUGCUGCACCUAGCCAAUUACUGGGCAAGUAUAUGUUAGGGCUUCUCAACUUGAAGUCACAUGCUCACUCAGUUGUUUGUAUGAUUGGCUUAGCAUUCUUGCUCUUGAUCUAGCGCUGAUUGUCCAUCAGAUAUGCCUGCUGCCUUUCUGAUAGUUCACAAUGCUCUGGGGCAGACUGGCCCCUACUGCUUGCUCUGGUCCUGUCACACACUCUGGCUCUGGAAGACACAUCUUCUAAUGAGAGAUGAAAGAGUUACCAACUGGUCCAGUUAAGGAAAGGCAUGUUACUGCACCAUUACGGUUCACUUGAACCAAGCUGCUGUUGGACCAGAACUCAUGAGAAAAAGGUUAUAUAUUAAUUUUAUCAUACUGGAAUAAAUUACCGGGGGAAACUGAAUGAAAUAAGGAUUUAAAUGGACCAAGAAUGUUUCAGAAUUCACUAUGAACAAUGCAACAUUUGAAAAUGUAUGAAACAUGAUUUUUGUUGUUCAUUGCUUGUAAGCCACCAAGUCUCAUCAAAUACAAGGGUAAAAUACGAACAGUU